CUUUCUCUCUGACUCCUGACUAGCUUCUUCUUGCUAUUUUGUCACAGAAUUACAUUUUCUUAAAGAAAGUCGUAAAAUGAAUCAAAAAUCAAAGCCGGUUAACAAAUAUUUAGCUGAAAUGGAGAAAGAAAAGGAUUUUCUUCAAUCCUUCGCGCAUAGCAAUGAAUAUCUUGAUGGUUUGGCGGAUUUAUCCAAUAACUUCUAUAAUCACGAAGAAACAGACAAACCUCUAACAAAUCGUUUGGAAGCUGUUAAGAUAACUCUAAACACAGAAAGUGAUUCGGAGAGUUCCAGUGACUCCAACAUUGCCUCCGGCAUCGAAAAUAAUGCAAAUUUUCUUUACUUUAACCAAUCAUUUACCGAUCAAUACGAGGUGUCACAACCACGCUGCGCCACUCCUGACUUCGACGUAUUCAACAUGGACGUCCAGAAAAAACGAACUAUGUCUGCUAAGAUUAGUGAAGAGUUACCGGUCAAUCAAAUAAAUAAGGAAGUUUUGCAAAAAUUUGCAUUCACCGAAAUCUGGGUUAAACAGCAGUGCCACCCUAGGAGUAAUUCUUUGCUGCAGGGUAGAUUUUCUACUAAUUUGGAAAACUAUUUCAAGCCCAAUGAAUCGGUGGAUAAACUAAUAGAGAAAGAGCAGCAGAAGGGUGUCGUCAACAAGUUCUAUGUGAAACCACACCUAUCCUCUACUUCUGCAUCGUGCAGCUUUCAGACUGCUGUGGGCAUUCAAUCGGAGAAAAUACUAAUAGAGAAAGAACAGCAGAAGUGUUUCCGUAACCAGCUCUCUAUGGAGUCACGCCAAUCUACUAUUGCUGCAUCGAAUCAGAAUUCUCUCGAUGUUGAGCCCUAUGUGUCGCCUUUCGAAGAUGUGCCCGAAAUGCCGAAAAAGGAGAAAUUGCCAGGUGAAAAGAAGGGUAUUACUGUGCCGGCUGGCUUCGAUUUGACAAACUUAGUGGAGUAUAACAAUCCCAAUCAUUGGCAUCGUCGCAAAACCACUCGUAACGAUACUCGUCCAUAAAUGCAACGCAGGAAGUUGCAUAUAAUUAUAUUUUAAGUUAUAUCUGAGAUACAUACAUGCAUAUGUAUACGAGCCAAUAAGCUGAUCUUCUAAAUAAAUAUCUUAUCUCUGCCACUUCUAUAACA